AUGGAGUUGCAAGAAGUAGUAGUUAAACUGGAAAGGUUUGGUCCAAAUUCUUUAGCUGAGAAAUGGGAUAAUGUUGGAUUGCUUGUUGAGCCAAGUAAACCUCAUUUAGUGAGAAAAUUAAUGAUUACAAAUGAUUUAACCGAAGCUGUCUUAAAAGAAUCUAUUGCCGAAAAAGCAGAUAUGAUCUUAUCGUAUCAUCCGCCUAUAUUUGCUCCGUUAAAGAAGUUGACCAACUCUUCUGUGAAAGAGAGGAUAUUAGUUAGUGCAAUUGAAAACAGGAUUGCUGUUUAUUCUCCUCAUACGAUAUAUGAUUCAUUAAAAGGCGGGGUUACGGACUGGUUAGCAUCGUGCCUAGGGGAAUAUACUACACAACCAGUCAUUCCUUUCUUUGACGAGAGUGCCAGUGGAUAUUACAAGCUAGAAAUGUAUAUUAGCAAAGAUAAGCAACACAAUUGGUCAGAAGUACUAAAUAAUUACAAUAAAGAAAACUCAGUUCAGGACAUAAUUGUAUCUGAUCUUGUAGAUCCUAAAGGUUGCGUUAAAUAUGGAAUUACGUGUUCCAGAUCUGGGAUGUUUCAGAUUCUAGAUUCGUACCAUGAAAUGUUUGAUAGAAAUGAUAACCUACAAAUUACUAAGCUUUCUAGUAAACCAAUUCUAGGUACUGGAUCUGGACGUAUUUGUCGUUUGGUAGAGCCUGUAUCUUUACAAAUAUUGAUAGCUCAAGUAAAGAAGCAUUUGAACUUAUCAUCAUUGAGGCUUGCUGCAGAUUUUUAUAAACCUUUAAGCAAGUUAAUCCGAACGGUAGCCGUGGUUGCUGGAGCAGGUGGUUCCUUGCUAAAAGGUGUAAAAGCUGAUCUUUAUCUAACGGGAGAGAUGUCUCAUCAUGAUGUUUUAGCUGCUGUCGCAAGUGGGACGUGUGUCUUGCUAUGUGACCACACUAAUACUGAACGUGGUUACCUCUUUAAUAAGUUAAAAUUGGACUUAGGAUCACUACUAGAUAAUAGAAUCGAAAUUAUUACUUCUAAAGUCGAUGGAGACCCUUUGGCCGUGAUAUAA